AUUUUUGUUUACAAAUCGCUGAAAAGUAUAAUUUUUUAAAAGGCCAAAAAUAACUUUUUCUCAAUGGAAGGAGCCGCAUUCCGAAUAAUGUGAGAGAAAAGCGUGUUUUGGCUAUUAAAAAUUCUGACUGAAAUACUCGAAACUUAAGUUAAUAACGCGCAACAAACUGAAUUCUAGUCAUGAAAUUCGCAGCAACUAUACCAAAGAUUCCUUUGAAUUUCUUAGCCAUAUUCUACAUAAUAGGUUUCGAAACAAUCACCACCAAUACUGGCACAUCAACAUUAUGGAAACUGAAUGCAGAUCAUACAAAAAUAAUUGAAGCAGAUCCUUCAGAGAAUAUUCCGGAAGAUCCUGGAUUAGUGCCUCAUUAUAUUGGCGCUGAAGAUCCAUUGUUUAAUAUUAUAACUUCCACUGAAAGGCAUGGGAAUGCUUGGAUUAAACAUACUGAGGAUAAUUUUUGUGAGGGGUGUGAUGACAAGAGAGUGGAAGUAUCGAAGAACUCGAAAAUGAAUGCCACUUAUUCAGGUACAAAAGUUACAGACCAAAACCAACAUUUUGAUGACGAUCACGAGUUAUCUUGCGGAAAACCGGUGAAUUUUACGUUCUAUGACAAUCUUGUUGGUGUCAUGAACAGAGAAAAGCAUCCACCACUUAUGGAGCCAGAUCUAGUGAUAGAAUUUGUUAAAAAAUAUAAACUCAAAGUGGGAAAAACUUUUGAUUUGGUUGUGAUAGAGAACAAAUUGAAACAAACCAAAAAAGAGAAACCAAAAUCAGUCGGUACUUUACACCAACUGGGAAACUUUUGGCGAAUAAAAGGCGACCCUAGAAGAGCGAUUGAGUGUUUUCGAAAAGCUUUAUCAGUGUCGCCCCACAACGCCGAAAUCCUACUUAAUUUAGCCAAAGUCCUAUUUCAUCUACAGUACCUUGACGAUGCCAUUUAUUUAACUAGGAGGUCGUUAGAGGUCGCCCCUCCAGAAAGAGGAGCAUGGCAGCAGUACUUUACAUUAGGUGAAAUAUUCAAAGCCUAUGGCCACUACCAAGAGGCCCAAGUCCAUUUUAGGCAUACCCUCGAUCUCCAUCCUGGCUACGAGCCAGCAAUGAAAUUGCUCAGAGAAUUAGAAGAAAUGCCUCUGUCCCCUUGGCAAACUUACACCUAUAUAAUAAUUGUAGUUCUGGUAAUUCUGGUUCUAGUAUUUUUCAAUGCUCUGGACAGAAAUUUGGAAAAUGGCUGUAACCGAUCUCAAAAACAUUUCAAUAAGACUAUAAAAGGGCUGGCUUGGAGUGGGAAAAAGUGUAAAAAGAUUAGUACUAAUACGUAACUAAUUCAGAUCUGCACAAAAAGACAUUUUUGAUCUCUACAUAAGUUAAUACUUAAUAAAAAUGAAGUGCUUCUUGCUAGGCACUUAUAUCUCAUGCGUGUUUGUACCUGUUUUGAUUUUUUGCUCAUUUUUGUUCAAAAUUUGUUUCUUUUUUGUUUAUUAAUAAAACCAUUGUCGUUAGUGAUGAAAAUUUCAA